AUGACACUUGCAACGAUCAACUCCGCCGCGGGCAGCUGGUACACUGGGCCAGAGUACCAGCAGAGCUGCCCGACACUGACAGCGGACAAGUUUCUGCAAGUCACGAACCUCCUUCUAGAAAAGCCCAACUUGAACUCAACCCAUCUUUUCCGCGCGGACAUUCUGCAUGACAGUACCGGUGCCCUGAAGACAGUGGACGAAAGGGAACAACAAUGCCGAUACUCCAACGAUGGCGCGCAUGUUGAGGAGGAAAUUCCUCUAGACGGACAGGAAGCGAUCGAUGCUACAGAACCAGCGCCUACUCUGGAGGGAGCACGUCUCGAGCGAAAGGUGUUGCGGAAACUCAUCCCUCGCAAACCGCAACUCGACCGCGCCCUAGACCAGUGGUGCUACAUCUACAACCUGGUCAAAACUACAGAGAUCGUUGCAGGCCAUGUCGUCGUCUACGUGCCCAUAGUCGCCAGGGAGACUGAGAUGCCAUGGUACCACCCGCCAGUCAAAUCAUUGGCAUACCUCUACCAGCAAAGGGGCAACGACACCACUUUGUCUGUGCACUUCGUGCCAUUCGAAAGUACAGUGACCACACCCUUGCCUUCGCGACUACACCGCACUUUCAUCUCCUUGCUACAGACGUUCCUGCGGCUGGCGAAGAGCCCAGCGCCUGAGCAGGAUCCCCACGUCGGGCAUCGCGACGAUAGCGCACCGAUCACUUCAGCCGUCGACGCCUCCAUGGCUCCAUCUGCGCUCAAAGACACCAUUCUACCUCAGCAUGUCGUACAGAACACAUACACUCGCCUGAAGCAGCGAUAUGCUCAAGACCUGAUUUCGCGAUGGGCCGAAAGUACGGAGCCAUCCAAACACGUUUUCGAGGACCUCUCAAUCGCCGCAUUUGUCAUUGAGCUGUGGAAACAGAUGUAUUCAUCGCCGAAUACUUUCCCCGGCUUCGUCGAUAUCGCCUGUGGCAACGGUGUUCUCACGUAUGUACUCAUCCAGGAGGGCUACCGUGGCCGCGGGUUUGACGCUCGUAGACGCAAGACCUGGGCAGUGCUGGGCUUGGACCAGCAUUUGGACGAAAUGAUCUGCGUUCCACAACCAUUCGUUGAUCAUGCACCGGCUGACAUGGAUGACUUGCUGUCAGACACGCGAGUCCACAGUGGUCUGUUCGAGCCAGGCACGUUCAUCAUCUCGAAUCAUGCGGACGAGCUCACUCCCUGGACACCCAUUCUUGCAGCACUGUCGUGUCCUGGGUCUCCGCUUCCGUUUCUCUCUAUACCUUGUUGUUCACAUGCUCUGAGUGGUGCGAAACACCGCUAUUCUCCGGCCGAGAUCAAGGCAGGACCUCGCGCGAUGAUGAGGUUGAAUGAUAAGACCGAACAGCCAGCGACAGGCGAUUUAAAGGCGUUGCGCGCCGCCAAAGCCAAAGCCGCGACCCAUACAGACGACAAGUCCAUGUAUGCAUGUCUGACGCGCAAGACGGUCGCACUGGCCGAAGAGGUCGGCUGCAAUGUGGAAUUGACCCUCAUGAGGAUCCCUAGUACCAGAAACAUCGGCAUUGUAGGUAACAGGAAGAGACUUGGCGGCACUGAAACGGCAGAGUCUAGCGACAGAACGGAGGAUCCGUCACCAUCCCACGAAGAAGUUCCUAUGAAGAUUCAAGCCUUGCUAGAACGCGAAUGUGCCAUAUCAGGCGGGAUGGGAGAGGCCGCGAAGACGUGGAUCGAGAGAGCACGGAAACUCCAGACGGGCACGGGACGAGGAAAGAUCAAUCUACGAGGGAAACCUGAUACUGGUUGA